AUGUAUCCUCUAAUAUCUAAUAUUUAUGCAUGUGCUGGUAAAUGGAAGGAGGCCAGAAGGGUGGGAGAUUUCAUGGCAGAUGGAAACAUUAAGAAGAUGCCAGGUUGUAGUUUAAUUGAAGUGGAUAUUGUAGUACAUGAGUUUGUAGUCGGGGAAAAGUUGCACCGGCAAAUCGAAGAAAUCAAGAGCGUGCUUGAUGAGAUGCACAGAGAGGUGAAGCAAAGUGGGCAUAAACCUGAUACAUCACUAGUGUUGUAUGAUAUAGAAGAUGAGGAAAAGGAACAUGCUAUUGGAGUCCAUAUUGAGAAGCUCUCAAUUGCUUUUGGGCUUCUUAGUUUGAGUCCAAUGAUCCCCAUUCGAAUAGUAAAGAACAUUAAUAUGUAUGGAGACUGUCGUGUGUUCAUCAAAUAA